UAUCUCUUCAAUUCAGGCAAAAAUGCUUCCACCAGCCCUCUAUCCAAGGCCAACACCACCUUCUCUUUGGCUCUGCUCAGGAAGCUGAGUGAGGACAACAGCACUGCAAAUAUCUUCUUCUCUCCUUUCAGCAUCUCUGCAGCUCUGGCUAUGUUGAUGAUGGGAGCCAGAGGCAACACAGCCUCUCAGAUAUCAGAGUGUUUGGAAAUCCAGGAUUGUCAGAAUGAUGUACACAAUCUGUUUUCCAAGCUGCUGGGAAAGCUCAACCAGCCAGGAGCUCCAUUUGAUCUCAGUGUUGCCAACAGAUUGUAUGGAGAUCAGUCCUACAGCUUUCUGCAGGAGUUUUUAACCGAAACAAGGUCUUACUAUAACUCAGAGAUGGAGUCUGUAGAUUUCAGAACCAGCUUUGAGGAAGCCAGGGUCAAGAUCAACAGCUGGGUAGAGGAGCAGACAAAAGGUAAAAUCAAGGAUGUGGUUCCUCAAAACAUGGUGGACAACAGUGCCAGGAUUAUCCUGGUAAAUGCUUUAUACUUCAAAGGUUACUGGCAUAAGCAAUUUCUCAGAGACGACACUUCUACCAGAGAGUUUAGACUGAACAAGAGAACAACAAAACCCGUGGAAAUGAUGACACAGGAAUCCAAAUUCCAUUUUAACUUCAUUUCUGAAGUCAGCUGUAAGAUCCUGGAGAUGCCUUACAGAGGGGAGGAGAUGAGCAUGAUCAUACUUUUACCUAAAGAUAUAACAGACAAUACAACAGGUCUGGAGCAGCUGGAGGAACAUCUGACUUAUGAGAAACUCAACAAGUGGACUCAUCCAAGCAAGAUGAGACGCCGCAAGAUCAGUGUAUCGCUGCCUCGAUUCAAGGUGGAGGAGAAUUAUGAUUUGGACAAAGUCCUGAGCCGCAUGGGCAUGGUGGAUGCUUUUGAUGAGACAAAAUGUGACUUCUCUGGAAUGUCUGGUAACAAGGAGCUCUUCCUGUCCAAAGUCUCCCACAAGGCUUUUGUGGAGGUCAACGAGGAGGGAACUGAGGCUGCUGCUGCUUCCAAUGCAGAAGGAAUAUACUAUGGUUUUUCAGAUUCAGCAUCUUUCUAUGCUGACCACCCUUUCCUCUUCUUCAUCCGCCAUAACCCCACUCUGAGCAUCCUCUUCGCCGGACGCUUCUGCUCCCCUGAAUGAGAUUUGUGCCUGCUUCAUAUAAAGUUGCAUCCAAUGCAGCACGAUGAUUUUAUAGUAACGAUUACCCUUCAUAUAUUCUUCAGUAAAAGCUUUGUUUAGUGAGAAAUAUUGUAAAAACUAAAAAAAAAGAAAAAGGGCUUAUUUUAUGGUAAACCAGCUCCCAUUUUUUUUAGACGGAUUGUAAGAGAAAAAUAGCCAUUUAAAUUAACAAUCCACUUAAUUCUUUGGUUAUAUACACUGGCUGCUAUAUUUGUACUAAUGUUAGAAUGC